GGAGCGCGCCCGGGGGAGCGCGCCCGGGGGAGCGCGCCCGGGGGAGCGCUCUGUCUCUCAGCCGCCGCGGUGCCCGUCGCGGGUCCGGCCGUGCCAGCAUGGUGGAUGUGUUCAGCGGGCGGCUCCUGGUCAGUAAGGAUGGCCGCAGCGUGGACCCCGAGGAGGCCUUGGAGAACAAGGUCGUGGGCUUGUAUUUCUCCGCCGGCUGGUGCUCGCCGUGCCGCGACUUCACCCCCGUCCUCUGCGACUUCUACACGGAGCUGCUGGAGGAGACGGAGCCCCCCGCCCCCUUCGAGGUCGUCUUCAUCUCCUCCGACCACAGCGCCGAGGAGAUGGUGAGCUACAUGCGCGCCAUGCACGGGGACUGGCUCGCCCUGCCCUUCCACGACCCCUACAAGCAUGAUCUGAAGAAGAAAUACAACAUAACAGCAAUUCCUAAACUGGUGAUUGUGAAACAAACUGGAGAAGUCAUUACUGAUAAGGGAAGAAAACAGAUCAGAGACAAGGGGCUGUCCUGUUUCCGGAACUGGCUUGAGGGUGCAGAUAUCUUUCAGAAUUUUUCUAACUAA